GAUAUUAUUGGGAAUUAAAAAGAAUUCAAAAAAUAAAAUAAAAACCGUGGCCACGGAAGGCCAGACUGGCGGACACGUCGGGUUGAACGGGCUCUGCCCGCAACUCUCCCAACAUGGCCAAAGGUGACCCCGAGCACGGCCCUGAUGUCAAAGAGACCAAUAGAUCAAGAUGGGCCACCCGAAAACUCACUGUUAAGAGCAGUAGCCUCAAGAGGAUCUCCAUUAUGAACAAGAUACAUAAGCGAACGGGUUCGUGGGAAAAGAAACGUACCUCUGGCGGCAGCCAAUCUACAGAAGAAGAGGAUCAUAUGCAGGAUGAUAGUGCCACUGCGAUUGAGCACCCGGGGCAACCUGAUCAGACAGAUGCGAACAGUGCUGCGGCCGCCGAAGAAGGAGAAGGAAGAAAGGUAUACUUCAAUCUACCUUUACCGGACGAUCAGAAAGAUGAGGAAGGAAAUCCUCGUCGUUCCUAUGCUCGAAACAAAAUUCGCACUGCCAAGUACACGCCCCUAUCCUUUAUCCCCAAGAAUCUCUGGUUUCAGUUCCAUAACAUCGCCAACAUAUUCUUCCUGUUUAUGGUUAUCCUUGUGAUCUUUCCCAUUUUCGGAGGAGUAAACCCAGGACUGAACGCCGUGCCUCUGAUAUUCAUUCUUACCGUGACUGCCAUUAAAGAUGCAAUUGAAGAUUAUCGCAGGACGAUUCUCGAUAACGAACUGAACAAUGCUCCCGUGCAUAGGCUUGUGGGUUGGAACAAUGUCAACGUCGCCGAGGACAAUAUUUCGCUGUGGCGCAGGACUAAGAAGGCCACCUCCAGAUCCGUAAAAGUAUUUUGGCGUUCGAUAACUGGGCUCUGGAAGAAGGAUGCCAAAGCAAGAGGCGGGCUAGAAGGAACGGGUGAUGCACGUGCCUCGGUCGAAACCAAGGGCACCCGUCGCGAGUCUAUGCUCUCUCCUCACACGGACAGAACAUCGUAUGUGUCAGCCUACGAGGACAUUCAGAUGACUCCUGUCACAUCUCCUCUUCCUCCCCAGCCUGGCCAGAAGGACUACCUCGAAGCGCAAGAUCGCUCGGUUUCGAUAGAGAGAUAUAGUCCUGCUGAGGUCGCAAUGAGUAAAGUGAAGGGCGACCUGAUCAACUAUGAUAUCCAAGCCCCGGGAAAGGCCAGGUUUCACAAAGACCAUUGGAAAAAUCUACAGGUUGGCGAUUUCGUGCGACUAUAUAACGAUGAUGAGCUCCCCGCAGAUAUCAUUGUCCUCGCCACUUCCGAUUCUGACGGUGCUUGUUAUGUAGAGACGAAGAACUUGGAUGGUGAGACAAAUCUGAAGGUCCGUCAGGCACUUCGAUGCGGCCAAUCAUUGAAGCACGCAAAGGAUUGUGAGCGUGCUCAGUUUGUUAUCGAGAGUGAACCCCCGCAGCCCAACCUUUACAAGUAUAAUGGCGCUAUGAGCUGGGAACAGAUGCUACCACACGGACCCCAGGAAAUGUCCGAGCCUAUUACCAUAGACAAUGUUCUCCUCCGAGGUUGCAAUCUAAGAAAUACCGAUUGGGUUCUUGGUGUCGUUAUAUUUACCGGCCACGAUACCAAGAUUAUGAUGAACGCUGGUAUCACACCAAGCAAACGUGCCCGUAUUGCAAGAGAACUCAACUUCAAUGUCAUCUGCAACUUUGGUAUUCUGGGCGCGUUGUGUCUCCUCUCUGGUCUCGUCAAUGGAGUAUCCUGGUCCAAAAUUGAUGCUUCGACAGCUUGGUUCGACUACGGUUCUAUUGGCGGUGACGCUGGCAUGACCGGCUUUAUUACCUUCUGGGCUGCCCUCAUCGUCUUUCAGAAUUUGGUUCCAAUAUCCCUCUACAUCUCGCUCGAGAUCGUACGAACGCUCCAGGCUAUCUUCAUCUACAGCGAUGUCGAGAUGUACUACGACAAAAUCGACGCUCCUUGCGUACCCAAAUCAUGGAACAUCUCAGACGACCUCGGCCAGAUUGAAUAUAUCUUCUCCGACAAGACGGGUACAUUAACUCAAAACGUCAUGGAAUUCAAGAAAGCUACUAUCAAUGGCCAGCCAUACGGAGAGGCAUAUACCGAAGCGCAAGCCGGCAUGCAGAAGCGCCUAGGCAUCGAUGUGGUAAAAGAGGCUGCCAAAGCCAGAGAGCAGAUCGCUGCAGGAAAGGUCCAUGCCAUCGAAGGCUUAAGAAAGAUUCACAACAAUCCGUACCUGCACGAGGAGGACGUGACAUUCAUAGCACCAGAUUUUGUUGACGAUUUACUAGGGGAGUCCGGUGAAGAGCAAAAAGAGGCGAAUGCGCAUUUCAUGCUUGCUCUUGCUCUAUGCCAUACCGUUAUAGCAGAUCACGUCCCCGGCGAUCCUCCGAAGAUCGAAUUCAAAGCCCAAUCGCCCGACGAGUCAGCUCUCGUAGCAACUGCUCGUGAUAUGGGAUUUACUGUACUCGGCCAGACAGCAGACGGUAUCAGAUUGAAUGUGAUGGGCGAGGACAGACAUUAUCCCAUCUUGAACACGAUCGAAUUCAACUCUAGCCGGAAACGAAUGAGUGCUAUUGUCAGAAUGCCGGAUGGUAAAAUUAUCCUGUUUUGCAAGGGCGCAGACAGCAUUAUCUAUUCGCGCCUCAAGCGCGGAGAGCAACAGGAGCUUCGCAGGACUACCGCCGACCACCUCGAGAUGUUCGCCCGAGAAGGUCUACGAACUUUAUGUAUAGCUCAACGUGUGCUUUCUGAGCAGGAAUAUACCGAAUGGCGCAAGGAACAUGACAAAGCGGCAACCGCCAUGCAUGAUAGAGAGGAGAAGCUGGAAGAAGUUGCCGACAAGAUUGAACAGGGACUGACCCUUCUUGGAGGAACUGCUAUUGAAGAUCGACUGCAAGACGGAGUGCCCGACUCGAUCGAAUUGCUUGGUCGUGCAGGAAUCAAACUCUGGGUGUUAACUGGAGACAAGGUCGAAACAGCUAUCAACAUCGGAUUCUCGUGCAACCUGCUGAACAAUGACAUGGAGCUCGUCAACCUCAAAGUUCAGGAGGAUGAGACUGGCAACACACCUGACGAAGCGUUUUUGACCCAGGUCGAGCAAGACCUGGACAGGAACUUGAAAAUGUUCGGCAUCACAGGCAGUGACGAGGACUUGGCCGCCGCAAGAAAAAAUCACGAGCCGCCAGCACCAACCCACGCCCUGGUAAUUGACGGGUUUACCCUAAGAUGGGUGCUCCACGACAGCUUGAAGCAAAAUUUUUUGCUACUUUGCAAGCAAUGCGCAUCUGUUCUUUGCUGUCGUGUCAGCCCUGCACAAAAAGCUUCAGUCGUGUCUAUGGUCAAGAACGGUCUCGAUGUUAUGACGCUCUCCAUUGGAGAUGGCGCUAACGAUGUUGCCAUGAUCCAGGAGGCAGAUGUCGGUGUGGGCAUUGCUGGUGUCGAAGGUCGUCAAGCUGUCAUGUCUGCCGAUUACGCGAUCGGUCAAUUCCGCUUUCUGCAACGACUGGUCUUGGUUCACGGCCGUUGGUCGUACCGAAGGAUGGCCGAAGCCAUUGCGAAUUUCUUUUACAAGAACAUGAUCUGGACCUUGACCAUCGUAUGGUUUCAGUGUUUCUGCAAUUUCGACAUCACGUACCUUUUCGAAUACACCUACAUCCUCAUGUUCAACCUUAUCUUCACCUCUGUCCCCCCUAUUGUCAUCGGUGUUCUCGACCAAGAUGUAUCCGACGCAGUGUCUUUGGCUGUUCCACAAUUAUAUCGGCGCGGUAUUGAGCGCCUGGAGUGGACUCAGCACAAAUUCUGGAUGUACAUGUUUGAUGGCGCAUAUCAGAGUGUCAUAGGAUACUUCAUACCCUACUUGGCCUUCGAAAAUACGGUGACCGUGGCGAGCAAUGGACUGGACGUGAGCGAUCGAUUACGGUUCGGUGCCUACAUCGCUCACCCGUCCGUGAUAACGAUUAAUCUCUACAUUCUCAUCAAUACGUACCGAUGGGAUUGGCUUACGGUCUUGAUCAUUGUCGUCAGUGAUCUUAUCAUCUUCUUCUGGACAGGUGUAUACACUUCAUCGACAUUCUCCGCUCAAUUAUAUAAAGCGGCCCCGCAGAUAUAUGGCCAAGCGUCCUUCUGGGCGGUCUUAAUCGCCACCCCAAUCAUAUCCUUAGCUCCCCGAUAUGCCAUCAAAGCUCUUCGCAAAGUCUACUGGCCUCGUGAUGUCGACAUAAUUCGAGAACAGGUCACCAUGGGCAAGUUUGAUCAUUUAGAAAGGGGGGCGGAUGUGAGUGAAGAGGUCGCCGCCAAGUCAAGUUCAUCAGGCUCGUCACAUUCGUCUAAAGCCAAGCGACACCAACACCUUACAAGUGUGGACGAGGACCUUCGACCUAUUUACCCCCCUUCCGUUGCCACGCAAUCUGUUGCUGGACACAAUCCUCGCAGUCAAAAUGGCAGUGAUGGCACCAACUAUACCAGACAUGAGCCUUCUCUUGAUGUUCCUGUAGUUCAACCAGUCGACCCUCCUCCGGAUCCCCCUGUACGCCCAUCGCAUGAGCGUGUGCGCCCGUCUUACGACCGUAUGAGAGCAUCGAUGGACCGAGUCCGACAAAGUUACGAAUUUACCAACGAGUUUACGUCCGCUGCCAUGUUGAGCAGAUUCGAAUCAACUCAUUCUCAAGGCGCGCAGGAGGAACCCCAAGGAAACGGGAUUGUUAGCCGAAUAAGGCGGCGAACUAGGGGCAAGUCCUUCAAGUCGGCAUUUGGCCACCACAAGGAUAAUCACAUUCAUGAAAAUGAAUGAGGAAAGGGGCUUCUGCAUGAUAUUCUGAGCAUCGAAUGCUCAAGUACGAUCUCGAAUGAGCAAUUUAUGACACCACGGUGGUUAUCCCCAACUGUACCAUCGAAUCGAACAUUACCCACGGCCCUUCUUACUUUUUUCUUUUUUUUUUAAUUUAACAUCCGCGAUGGCGUUGGCGUUUUUAGGAUGCAUGGAGUCUGGUAAGACUUCUACGAUGAG